CGGGCAGCCCGCGGGUCUUUCGAGUCAAUGCGGAAGCGGCCAGAAGUCUUGGAGCAGGAAAACCAAAACGAUUGUAGAACAGCAAUAUUUGCUCUUAUAUUUUUAAGUCCACAUUACCAUUAAACAGUCACUUAAAUCAUCAUGAUUUUGUUGGAAAUCAACAAUCGGAUCAUAGAGGAGACUCUCACCCUCAAAUUCGACAGCGCGAGCAAUGGGAACAAGCCUGAAGCAGUAGAAGUUACAUUUGCAGACUUCGAUGGUGUGCUUUACCACAUCUCCAACCCCAAUGGAGACAAAACUAAACUAAUGGUCAGCAUCUCUCUCAAGUUCUACAAGGAGCUUCAGGAGCACGGCGCCGAUGAGUUGCUGAAGCGCGUUUAUGGAAAUUUCCUCGUGGCACCAGAAGAUGGGUACAAUAUUUCACUGCUCUUUGACCUGGAGGCACUUCCGCCCAACAAAGAGGAGGUGAUCCACCAGGCGGGCAUUCUCAAGAGAAACUGCUUCGCUUCUGUCUUCGAGAAGUACUUUAAUUUCCAGGAGGAGGGCCGUGAGGGAGAGAAGAGAGCUGUUGUCCAUUACAGGGAUGACGAGUCUAUGUAUAUUGAGGCUAAGAAAGACAGAGUAACUGUUGUGUUCAGCACAGUGUUCAAGGAUGACGACGAUGUCAUCAUCGGGAAAGUGUUCAUGCAGGAGUUUAAGGAGGGCAGGAGGGCCAGUCACACGGCUCCUCAGGUGCUGUUCAGUCACAGAGAGCCUCCUCUGGAGCUGAAGGACACUGACGCCACUGUGGGAGACAACAUCGGCUACAUCACUUUUGUGCUGUUCCCCCGACACACCAACGCCAAUACCAGAGACAACACCAUCAACCUCAUCCACACCUUCCGGGACUAUCUGCACUACCACAUAAAGUGCUCCAAGGCCUACAUCCACACUCGUAUGAGGGCCAAGACUUCUGAGUUUCUCAAGGUACUCAACCGAGCUCGCCCAGACGCUGAGAAGAAAGAGAUGAAAACUAUUUCGGGCAAGACCUUCUCUCGUUAAGGACACGACGUGCAAUCACGAGACCAGCAUCCGUGGACUCCACUAAACACCUCUGGCCAGUCAUGUCGAUCCUCCACGUGGAGUUUGCACCUCAACAGGGAGACAAAUAAAUUCCUCGCUUUGCAUUUAUAGGAUAAAUGUUAUUUGUAUGUUGUUGGAUAAACAGAUUUUUUGAUACACUCUUAUGUUUCACUGUGUAGCUCUGUUGACUGACAGUGUUUUAUUGACAUAGUCAUGCAGUAUUUUGCUUUUCCUCUUUCCUUCGUUUCGCCAAAUGCAUCAAUAUUGGACAUCAUGAAAUGGUCAAGAAUAAAUCAGUCUUCUAUACAAGAGA